AUCGUUCGGAUACGCUCCAAAGAUGGAAUGUUUCGCCUCGACUUGCCGCCCACUGCAGACGCGAGUGAGCUCGCGCAAAAGAUACUUGGGAUUACCAAAAACGCCAAUCCCGACACGUUAUGUCUGAGUGACAAACCCAACGGAGACGCGCGACCCAUAUCCCAGCUAUUAGGUUACUCUUUGGAAGCCAUGAAUAUCAAACACGGCGAUUUGUUGUACCUCACAUACAAAACAUAUGAUGAGUCUGGAGGAAAACAAGAAGCUCCUGCCCCCAGCAGUCCG